AUGGAUUUUGAAGGGGCCAAGAGCGUGCAAAAUACGAUAUUUGCUACAUCUCGUUUCUACUUCGACUCGGUCACUUCACUGUCAGGCUUGAUGAUGGAUUCUGAAGGCGACCCAGGCGAGAACCAGACCAUCUCUGAUGGGUUCAUCCUGGUGGGGUUUUCCUACCUUAACAAGCUUCAAAUCCUUCUGUUUCUGCUGCUUCUGGUCAUCUAUCUGGUUGCCCUGAUGGGGAACCUGUUCGUUAUCCUACUGAUAAAGCUGAACCCCUCCCUCCACACCCCCAUGUAUUUCUUCCUGGUCAACCUGUCCUUCUUGGAAAUCUGCUACACUUCCAGCGUGGUCCCUCAGCUGCUGGUUCACCUGCUGGUGGAGGAAAACACCAUCUCCCUUGCAGGCUGUGCAGCCCAGAUGUACGUCUUCAAUAUCAUGGGCCUCACAGAAUGCUGCCUUCUCGCAGCCAUGGCCUACGACCGCUACGUGGCCAUCUGCCACCCCUUACACUACACAACCAUCAUGAGCAGCCGGGCAUGUGCCCAGCUCGCGGGGGCUUCAUGGCUCACUGGCAUCUCUGUAGAAGUAGCUCAGACCGCCUGGAUCUUCAGCCUGCCCUUCUGUGGAUCCCACCGCAUCCACCAUUUCUUCUGCGACAUCCCCCCAGUGCUGAAGAAGGCCUGCGCCGACACAUUGAAGGUUAAGAUUUUAGGUUUCAUUGUGUCACUACUUUUUAUCAUGAUCCCUUUCCUGUUGAUAAUCCUGUCCUACAUCCUCAUAAUUUCCGCCAUCCUCAGGCUGCCAUCGGAGGAGGGGAGGCGUAAAGCCUUCUCCACCUGCUCCUCCCACCUCAUGGUGGUGACUUUGUUCUAUGGAGCAGCCCUGAUCACCUACCUGGUGCCCAGAUCUAGCUCCACCCCGGAGAGUGAUCAAAUGAUUUCCCUCAUGUACACAGCUGUGACACCAAUGUUGAACCCCAUAAUAUACACGCUGAGGAACAAAGAGGUGAAGGGAGCCCUGAGAAAUAUUCUUUGUAAGACGAGCUUUACAGAUUUUGAACUAAACCAG